CGUGAGGCAUGUUUUUCCAGUAAGACCAGCUCUGGGAAGGUGAGAGGUGGGGGCUCCCGAUCCAGGAGAAUUAAACCAACCGGAGGGCUUGGGGAGUGGGGAGACGGCCGACCUCCCCCUCCUCCCCCCGCCCAGGCGUCCCCUCGUGAGGCCUCGUGGCGUUUGCAGAGGCUCACUGCCCCCCCAGAGCCUGGCGCCUUUUCUGCCGGCGCAGGGGGCUGGGGUGAGGGAGGCCGGGGCACAUGAUGCUCCCCCAGCCCGCUCGGCACAUGACCGAGGCCGGCCGGCGGAGACCGGGGCAGACCUGAUCCGCAUCCCAGAGCACGGCCCAUGGCCUCCCCGCGCCUGGGGACCUUCUGCUGCCCCACGCGGGACGCGGCCACACAGCUGGUGCUGAGCUUCCAGCCGCGGGCGUUCCACGCGCUGUGCCUGGGCAGCGGCGCGCUCCGCCUGACGCUCGGCCUCCUGCAGCUGCUGCCCGGGCGCCGGCCCGCGGGCUCCGGGGCCCCCUCCACCUCCCAGCUGGCCUCCGCCCGCAUCCUGCGCGCCUCCGCGGCCUGCGACGUGCUCGGCUGCCUAGGUAUCGUGACCCGCUCCACGGUAUGGUUAGCGUUCCCGGAUUUCGUUGCAAACAUCUCCAAGGUGAAUAGCACAGACAUCUGGCCUGCUGCUUUCUGCGUGGGCAGUGCGAUGUGGAUCCAGCUGCUGUACAGCGCCUGCUUCUGGUGGCUCUUCUGCUACGCGGUGGACGCCUACCUGGUGAUCCGGAGAUCAGCGGGACUCAGCACCGUCCUCCUCUACCACCUCAUGGCCUGGGGCCUGGCCGCCCUGCUCUGCGUGGAGGGAGCUGUCACACUCUACUACCCUUCCGUGUCCAGGUGCGAGCGAGGCCUAGACCACGCCAUCCCCCACUACGUCACCACCUACCUGCCGCUCCUGCUCGUCCUGGUGGCCAACCCCAUCCUGUUCCGCAAGACCGUGACUGCGGUGGCCUCUUUACUGAAAGGAAGACAAGGCAUCUACACGGAGAACGAGAGACGGAUGGGCGCCGUGAUCAAGAUCCGGUUUUUCAAAAUCAUGCUGGUUCUGAUUAUCUGCUGGUUGUCAAAUAUCGUCAAUGAAAGCCUGUUAUUCUACCUGGAAAUGCAACCACACAUCGACGGAGGUGCCUUGAGACACGUGAGGAACGCAGCCAAGACCACCUGGUUUAUUAUGGGGAUCCUGAAUCCGGCCCAGGGAUUUCUCUUGUCUCUGGCCUUCUACGGCUGGACGGGAUGCAGCCUGGACUUCCCAUCCCCCAGGAAGGCGAUCCAGUGGGAAUCGAUGACGACUUCGGCUGCGGAGGGGGUGUACCCAUCUCUGGUGGACUCCCACGCGCCCCCUGACCAUGCCCCUUCCAGGAAGGUGGUGUGCGUUGGGGGGCUUACGUCUGACGAGGCCCUUAGCUUGCUGUCUGAAGGCUCCGACGCCAGCACAAUCGAAAUCCACACCUCGAGUGUCCCCCGCAAUAACAACGAGGUCUCUGCUGCUCUCCAAACUCAGGGAGACCUCUGAGGGGGAUGUGACGAGGUCUGGACCCCGCAUUCCUCCGACACUGUUUUCAACGGUGAUUUCUGGUUCCCAUACACAUGAUGUAUGGUGUUGGGGUGGAUGUUUCCUUUCUAGUCUUCUGGUCGUGCUCUCACCUGCCGAUCGCCACCUGAGAGCUUCUUCCUGAAGACCCUCGUUACGAUGGAGGAGAACCAGAGUGUGUGUUGAAGGAUGGAGGGGGAAUCCUGAACCACUCGGCCAUGCCUCCACGCUCCUAGGUGCCACGAGGGUUUUUGGGAGCUGGCUGUAAUGUCGCAAGGUCCGAGAUCUUGGAAAGGCACUAAAUAAAGGGCUUGUGUCUGAGCUCCCAGUCUGACUUGGCCUCUGUCUGAAUACCUCCUUCAGCAGAUGCCUCUGUCCGAGGUCUCCACGCACGGAACGGCAGCAAGGUGGAGACCUGGCAAGA